AUGGAAGGUGUGUUGGAGCACCAUUUAGAAGACACAUAAGGGCUAAUGAAGAAUCCUUCCAUUGCGGGAGUCUUAUGUACCAAUUCUCAGGGACUAAACCUGGGUUGUCGUGGCACCCUUACAGACGAACAUGCAGGUGUGAUAUCUGUUCUGGCUCAGCAGGCAGCCAAACUAACAUCUGAUCCAACAGAUAUUCCUGUUCUUUGCCUGGAAUCAGAUACUGGUAAUAUCAUGAUCCAGAAACAUGAUGGCAUCACAGUGGCAGUACACAAAAUGGCAUCUUGA